AUGUCAAACCACUCCCCCUUUGGCGAAGAUCCGCCCGUGCAGUCGGUGUCCUAUGCAACAACCCCCUUCGCACCGUCGGUUCUUCCCCUCGGCCCUAGACAUGUCCCUUACGUAGCCCACACGCCCGCUUCAAACUUCGGCAAGAGGAGACUUAGCAGCCAACAUAAACAAUUGGCUCUAUUGUCUUGCACGCUGCUGGUAGUGUUCGUAGUUGGAACGCACCUUUGUCGGCUGAAGAGCAGCGGUGGGAACAGGGCAGUGCUGACGAGCAGGAGGCUGGCAGCAGCUGAUGGAGACAAACUGAGAAUGCUCGAAGAGGCCCUUCCGUUGGAGUUGUGCGAAUUCAUCAUUGCGUCAACCGGAUCUUCACCAUCGCCGGUAACUUCAGCUGUGCCUUCAGUUCCAUCAGGGCAGACAGAACUACAGAAUGGAGAGCCAAGAAGAAAAAGGAAAGCAAGUCACACCCACCAGCAAGAUACCAUGGCACCCGGAGCGUUUGAGGUGUUUGAAUACUGGACUGAGUCUUCCACAGCACCAGGGGAGUUUUGGGGGCCGCUUUCUGAAGACGCAGCGCUGGAAACGGCCCACAGACUCCCGGGGCGGCGAAUCCACUACAAGCAGACAUUCCUACUUUAG